AUGGCAGAUGGUGAAUGGCUUACUUCACGACAACUAAGCACACUUUCGUACGAAGAACAACAAGCAUAUAUUCGUCAGACGCUUGAAGAAAGCCGAGAAGAAAUAAGUGACCACGAUUCAAUAGUGGGUGAAGAGGCAUUAGGUGAUAUUGUUGGUGAUGACUCAGACGUUGAACAACCCAUCUUACCAGAAUAUGACCCCGAGGACAACAGUGAUUCUGAUGAAGAACUUGAAGGUGCACCAAUUGAAACUGGCGAAUGUUUUACUGCCAGAGAUGGUAAUGUUUGGUCUUCAAUACAACCACAACCUGUAACAUUCCGUACGCACAACAUUCUAAGAAGUGUAAAAUCUGGACCAGUACGGGCAACGCAAGGUUUGACCAUUGCUGAAACGUUCCAAUUGAUAAUGUCAGACGAAAUAUGCGACAUAAUUAUUCGUGAAUCAAAUCGAAAGGCAAUGCAAUUCUAUGAUAAUGACAAUGCAAAACAUCCAACAAGAGAACCGAGAUCAUGGAUUCUCAUAACAAAAAGUGAAUUUGAUGCAUAUUUGGGCCUACUUUUGCUAAGUGGCGUUACACAUUGUGGUUACAUGCAUACGAAAGAUUUGUGGAAAACUACAUCACAUCCAUUAUAUCGUGCUGCAAUGAGCGUGCGACGAUUUUGGGAAAUUAGCCGCUUCAUACGUUUUGAUAAUGGAAACACACGCCAGCAACGCAAACAAACUGACAAAGCAGCAGCAAUAUCGGACGUGUUUUUGAUGCUAAACAGCUGUCUUCGUAGAAAUUACGUGGCGGGAGCCAACAUCACCAUAGAUAAACAAUUGUAUGCUUAUCGUGGUGGAACUGGCUUCACGCAAUACAUACCAUCAAAACCUGCCAAAUAUGGGAUAAAGGUGUGGUGGGUGUGCGACUCCAUUUCGUCCUAUCCAUUACAGGGACAACUUUAUACAGGAAUGGCACUGUCUGGUGAACGUGAAAGCAACGUUGGCGAAAGAGUAGUAAAGGAUUUAUGUGUCAACCUUUUUGGUGGAAGUGGAAGAAAUAUUGUAUGUGACAAAUUUUUCACCAGCUACAACUUGGCAAAAUCUUUAAUGAUUUACAACAAUUUAUCUAUAUUGGGUACUUGCAACAAAAGGCGUACAUUCGUGCCAGCAGCAUUUGCCAACCCCAAACGACGUGAGGUUGAAUCAUCAAUGUUUGGGUUCUAUAAUCACGUUACGAUGUGCUCGUACGUGCCUAAGAAAAACAAGGCAGUUGUAAUGUUGUCCACUAAUCAUUAUACAACAGAAACGGCCGGUCCCAAGAAGAAGCCAUUGCUUAUAUUGGACUACAACAAAACCAAAGGCGGCGUUGAUAACAUGGACAGGUGCUUGUCCGAAUUUAGUACUAGGCGGCGCACAAAUAGAUGGCCUUUGGCUUUCUUUUAUAAUAUUGUGGACGUUGCUGCGUUUGCUGCAUACGUAAUAUACGUUGACAACAACACUCAACUGAAGGCAUCUACAAGAAGCCGUAGGAUGUUUCUCCAUCAGCUAAGCGAGCAACUAUGCAAGCCAGAAAUGGAGAGAAGGGCGAAUAACAGCAGAAUAUCUAGAGUUUUUUCAACGCGCAACGCCUUGGAAGCCAUAAAAGGUGGGCCCAUCAGAGUUGUGGAUGCUGAAGCACAUGAAGCGGAGGUACGUGAUAGUACGGGCCGUCUGAAAGUAAAGGGGAAUUGCUACAUCUGCUCGAAACGACGCCCUACUCGUAAAGCAUGUACAUUAUGCAACGAACCAGUGUGCGUAGAGCAUUCCAAAGACUUGCCGCAAUGCAAUAGAUGUAUUUGA